AUGUUUGGUCCUUAUUCCUUUAUAAAUGUAGUUGGAGGUAAAGAACAAUUUGAUGACGAAGGAAGGAGCUACAAAAAUUUAGCAGAGGUCGCAAUUGUCAUGACAAUACUGAAAAAUCUAUGCAAGGCAUGGCUGACAUCAAAACAUGAAUUCAACAUCGGUAUUGUGACUCCCUAUGUUGGCCAAGUUGCUGCAAUUCAAGAGAAACUUGGAAAGAUUUAUGAAAGUGAUGAUAGAUUUAAUGUCGUUGUGAUUUCUGUUGAUGGUUUUCAAGGAGGGGAGAAGGAUAUUAUCAUGUUAUCAACUGUAAGAACAAGCAGUAGAUCAUCUCUUGAGUUCAUUUCCUCUCCGCAGAGGACUAAUGUUGCUCUUACACGGGCUAGGCACUGCUUAUGGAUUUUGGGGAAUGAACGGGCGAUUACAAACAAUGAAAAUGUUUGGAAGGCUAUAGUGCUUGAUGCCAAGAACUGUAAGUGCUUCUUUAACGCCGACCAAGACGAGGAAAUGGUGAAAGCUAUAUUGGAUUCCAAGAAAAAGGCAUGUCAGUUUGAUGAUUUGCUUGAUACAAAUAGUGUCUUGUUUAGGAGCAAAUUAUGGAAGGUUUAUUUUAGUGAUUCCUGAGGUUAUUCAAAUGGCUAAUAUCUGAAGUGACCAAGAAUAGGGUUAUCAACCUUCUUGAAAGGCUUUCCAGUGGAUGGAGGCCCAAAUGGAUUAAUGUGGAUUUUGUGUUGUGAAACAUC